GUUUGUGACAUGAAUGAGUUAUGAGCGUAUAUGUCUGAAAUGGAGAAGACAGAUUGAGAAAGGACCCCAAAACCUAGAAUUGUUUGAGAGAACAUUGGUAUUUAUGGAUGGUCCAUCACAGGCUCUAUCCAAAUCCAAGCACCUUCUUACCGCCACCGCCCGUUACCAGUCGCUCUUACAGCGCUGCACCUCCAGAAAAUCAAUACCAAACACCAAACAGAUACAUGCCCACACUAUCACUCUGGGCCUACUCUCAUCACCUUACUCCCAUCACCUUCUCUCUAGUUUGGCUGCGGCAUAUGCUAUGUGUGGAUGUGCACCACAUGCACGUAAAUUGUUCGAUGAAUUGCGUAACCCAAGCCUAUUUUCCUGGAACGCUAUGAUUAGGAUGUAUACCAACAGUGGGUUGUCAUAUGAUGCGCUUGGACUGUUUGUGCAAAUGCUGGCCUCGGGGCGGCGCUGGCCUGAUAACUACACUUACCCUUUUGUCAUCAAAGCAUGCGGUGAAUACUUGUUGCCUGAAAUGGGUGCUUUGAUUCAUGCUAGAACGGUUACGAGUGGGUUUGAUUCCGAUGCUUUUGUUCAGAAUUCUUUAACGGCAAUGUAUAUGAAUUGCGGGGAGAUGGAAGCGGCGAGGAGGGUUUUUGAUUUGAUGAGGGAGCGGACUUUGGUGUCUUGGAACACUAUGAUAAAUGGGUAUUUUAAAAACGGGUGUGUCAAGGAGGCAUUAAUGGUUUUUGAUUGGAUGAUGGGUAAAGGGAUUGAGCCAGAUUGCGCAACUGUGGUUUCAGUGUUGCCAGUUUGCAGUUAUUUGAAGGAGUUGGAGGUAGGAAGGAGAGUUCAUGCAUUAGUGGAAGUGAAGAAUUUGGGAGAGGAUAUAUCAGUCUGGAAUUCAUUGUUGGAUAUGUAUGCAAAGUGUGGUAACAUGGAUGAAGCGCAAAUGAUUUUUUAUGAGAUGGAUAAGAGAGACGUGGUGAGUUGGACUACUAUGAUGAAUGGGUACAUUUUGAAUGGGGAUGCGAGAAGUGCACUACUGCUUUGUCAAAUGAUGCAGUUUGAAAGUGUAAAACCCAAUUUUGUAACUUUAGCUUCUGUUCUUUCUGCAUGUGCCAGUUUGUAUUCUCUGAAGCAUGGCCGUUGCUUGCAUGGGUGGGCAAUGAGGCAAAAACUUGAAUCUGAAGUUAUUGUAGAAACUGCGUUGAUUGACAUGUAUGCAAAAUGCAAUCAUGUUAACCUCAGUUUCAGGGUGUUUUCAAAAACUUCAAAACAGAGAACAGCACCAUGGAAUGCAAUUAUCUCUGGAUGUAUUCACAAUGGGCUCUCAAGAAAAGCUAUAGAGCUUUUCAAACAAAUGCUAAUGGAAGCAGUAGAUCCCAAUGAUGCAACCUUGAACAGCCUCCUUCCUGCAUAUGCUUUUCUCACAGAUUUGCAGCAAGCAAGAAAUAUGCAUGGUUACCUAAUAAGGUCCGGAUUUCUUUCAAGAAUCGAAGUUGCUACUAUUUUGAUUGAUAUAUAUUCAAAGUGUGGAAGCUUAGAGUCAGCUCACAACAUCUUUAAUGGGAUCCCUAAAAAGGAUAAGGACAUCAUCACAUGGAGUGCAAUAAUAGCUGGUUAUGGAAUGCAUGGGCAUGGUGAGACUGCCAUUUCUCUUUUCAAUCAGAUGGUUCAGUCAGGGGUGAAACCAAAUGAGAUCACUUUUACCUCCAUUUUGCAUGCUUGCAGCCAUGCAGGAUUGGUGGAUGAAGGUUUGGGUUUGUUCAAAUUCAUGUUGGAGGAUAACCAAAUGAGUCUACGCACUGAUCACUACACUUGUGUUAUUGAUCUUCUAGGUCGUGCAGGUCGGCUGGAGGAAGCUUACGAGUUGAUAAGAACAAUGGCAUUUAGGCCUAACCACGCUGUUUGGGGUGCAUUGCUUGGUUCUUGUGUGAUACAUGAGAAUGUUGAGCUGGGAGAGGUGGCUGCAAAGUGGCUUUUUGAGCUUGAGCCAGGGAACACAGGAAAUUAUGUAUUGUUGGCAAAUAUUUAUUCUGCAGUAGGACGGUGGAGAGAUGCAGAGCAUGUGAGACUUAUGAUGAAUAAUAUAGGAUUAAGAAAAACACCAGCUCACAGUUUGAUUGAGGUCAGAAACAUAUGAAGUGAGUAAAGCCUCUUUGCUUGUAAUUGAUGGAUGCCUCAGCUUGAACAAAAUAGCCCAUGAAGUGAAAAGUUCUCAGUGAAGCCGAGGUUCAUGACUUCAUAUCCAAGUUUAUGAAUAUUUAAUGCUAGCAAAGGGCAGAUACGUAUCUACAGAGAACUGUCUUUUGUUAGGGCAUAAGGGAUAGCCUAUUGCCGAGUCAUUACUUAUGAAGGUUUGUUCAUGAGAAGAGAAAUGUAGUUUUGCAUUUUUAGGCCAAGAGCAGAUAAGGAGAACCAAAUACUUUUACUGUAGAGAGAAAAAGAAGCAAAGAAAUCCGAUCACUGUAGUUUGUUGCAGAGAAGUGAAAGCCAAAUGGGAUAGAAGGAAAAAAUAAAGAAAAGAACAAACCUAACGACUGGUUUUGGCACAGAGAAGCAGCAUGGAGAAAACAAACACUGUUAUCCUAGAUGAGCUUGCUGCAUCACAUGAUGAAUAGAUAUCGGGUGAUGAUCCAAGAUUUAGUGCAAACUGAGAUGGAGAAACCUAACUGUUGUGUCUUGAAGUUGAGAGCUUAAUGGAGAGUAACUAAGUAAUGCUUACAGUUUUACAGUAGUGAAUAAGAAAUAGAGAUAACAGAAGCUACAUUUAAAGAUUAGAGGCAGUGGAGAAAGCAGACAAUGAAAUGUACUAACAGAGACACCUGUAUAUUGUGUCUUGAGAGUAAGUGUAUAAAUGGAAAAA